CGCUUCUUUUGUUCAGGUAUUUAGGUUAGACGACGCCCGUGAUUCAGUCGCAGUCUUCAUCACUGACUGCUCGAGCACAGACGCGCGCGCUCCCGUCUACACACGCUCAUUCUAGACUGCGAGCAGAAAUAACGGAUAACACAACAGAGAGCAGAAUGGCUACUGCUUUAUGUUUUGGCGUAUUUUUCUUCCUUAACUUGGUGAUGAUGACAUCAAGCACUCAGACAGGCCAGAAUGCAGCCAUGAAAAUGUUCAGUGAAAAUGUCAUUAUCCCACCGGAGUCAUCCAUACAUCAUCAUAGUCAUCACUGGAGACACCGAGAUAGCAGAGAGGGGAUGAUAGCAGGUCGGCUUACAGAGAGACCCCACAUUGUGUCCCACACCCAAAAUGAACAUUCAGAGCUGAAGAGCCUCAGUCCUGUUCGCUUAGAGAUGCAGCCAGAAAAUAAAAGAUGGGUAAUGAGUGCAAGGACCUUCCUGGGGUUGAAGUCCUCAAUUCCAGAGCAAAUGAAUAUAUCCCCUGGUGCUGAGAUUUCAGAGAAGGUAAUGAGACAUCGCCCUGGUGGCAGGGUGUUUGGUAUGGAUCGCCAUAAUAAAGAAACAAGGAGGACGGUUAAGAAACUGAGGUUUUCUUUUAAAGAAAGGCUACAUGAAUCUGUGACCCCUACUGCCUCAUUCAGGUCCUUAUCACUGGAAAUUGCAGCAUUUGAGGGGGAACCCUCCACACGACCAACUCCCACUAGUAAACCACAGGUCAGGGGUGUGGAUGUGACACCCACUUUAAACUUGGCAUUGUUUGACUGGACUGGUUACGAAGAUUUGAGGCCUCCAGACAAACAUCUAUCUUUCAAUAAGAGAACUAAGUGGAAUCCAGACUUUGAUGUACAAAUCCAGACUCCGAUGCCUCCUAAGAGCACCAGCAGUGAAAAUGCAACACUUACAUCAAAUGGGAACUGUAAACAUCACCUAAAUUGCCUGCCAGGUUCCUGCUGCAAUCUCAGAAAUCACGUGUGUGAGAUUCACAACCGCGGUCUCAACAACAAAUGCUAUGACAGCUGCAUGUGUGAGGAAGGGCUUCGGUGCUAUGCUAAAUUAAAGAGACAUUACCGCAUCACUCGCAAAAAGGGACAGUGUGUUGAUCCAGAGGGGAUCAACUUAAACCAUGGCAUGUUCAUCUUUGUUUAGAUUAAGGAGGAUAAAGCUUUCUAAGUGCAUGUGAUUGAAUUUUCCAUUUCCAAAUUGUAUAUAUUUGUGUUUUUUU